CAGAGGUGUUGUAGCCAGUACGUCAACCAAACACAUCUGUAUUGACAGAAAUCAGAAACUGUGUCACCGAAAAUAAAAACACGGAAUACUCACACAGAGUAGAGUCGUGUUCUUGAAUAGAGACUGCAAAGCUUGGAAAUAACUAAAAGGCACAAAAGGUUUUGUGGAACAUGGAUAAGAGGAGAGGUCAUUCUGCACAAAGACAGCCAACUCAUUUCCAAACAGGGAGGAGGCAUCAUCCUUACAGCAACCAACAUCUGCCCUUUAAACGUGUGUACAAAUUCAGGACCUUCACCGAAGCAGAAAGUGGGAGCUCCAGUAGACAAUUCCAUCAUCAUGGUUUGAGAAGAAGAGAACAUGGCGACCUACCAUACAACGAAGAGAUUAAACAACAGCCAAAUAUGUGCUUAGAAAGUGCAAGUUCCAACAGAGAACUUCAUCAUCCUGGUUCAAGAAGAAGAAAAUAUGACAUCCAGUUUCACAAGCCCGAUAUUAAACAGGAGCCGUCCACAAGCAUAGGAGACAAUUUUUAUUUGAGAAAACACAUCCUGAAGAUGAUGAUUACAGAUCUACAGACACCAAGACUUGUUGAAGAAGCUGGAUUCCACCAUUUCAUGAAAGUCUUAAAUCCCAGUACUGAUGCUGUACUAAGUGCCUCUGCAAUCCAACAUGAACUUGUGAAUAUGUAUGAUAUAACAAAGAAAAAAGUAAAGAAUGCAGUAAUUAAUGCCACACACCCAGUGCUCUCUGCUGAGCUAUGGAUCUUGAGUGAAGAAGAGUCCUAUCUGACAGUAACAUGUCACUUCAUUGAUAAGAAGUGGGAACUGAAAUCCUAUACACUAGACACAGCUCAACUUCUCGGCGAACACACGCCAGAAAAUGUUCAUCGGCAACUUUGGAGAAUUUCAAGAGAAUGGGAGAUCACUGAUAAAAUUCAGGUGGUGGUUAUCAAUGUUGAUGGAAUGAAAAAGAUUAAUCCAAAGCCAAACUGGAUGUACAUACCUUGCUUCAGCCACACCCUCAACAAAGUCCUUCGAGAUGUUGUCAAUGACACUGACUGGCGAUAUCUGCUGAAGAAAUGCCGCAAAAUUGUUCAAUUUUUCCACCACGAAAAUGAAGCUUCAUGGCGUCACUGUUUGGCCCAGUCUUCUUGUGUUGACUGGGUUGCAACACUUAACAUGGUGAAAAAGGUCUGCCAACAGUGGCCGAGCUUUUCCCAAGUCAACAAUUAUAAGCGUGCAGAUAAUCUUUGGCUCAAUGAAAAUGAAAGGAUGUUGCUGGAAAAUAUGAAGAAGGCACUAACGGUUGUCAAAGACGUCACAGAGGCAACUGGGACACGCGGAUAUGUUUCAAUCUCCAACCUCAUACCUCUGCAUGACAAGCUUCAGUUGAACCUGAGAAGGCUAAUACAACAAAAAAACAAGGUAGCCUUGAAGCUCAGUGAACAGUGUAAACAUCACUUUGAAAACAUCAAGCAACAUAUGUGGUGUACUCUUAGCACAGCGCUGGAUCCAAGAUUCAAAAGCAUUGUACUGAAGUCUCAUGGAGGAGAAUCAGUCAAAAUGCAGAUCAUAGACGAAAUGCGCAAACAGGCGAGUGGAACAACAAGUAUCAGUUCCCAUAAAAACUCUUUAGGUGAGAUGGAUUAUGAAGAUUUAGUUCUGCAAUACGCUACAGAAGGAGACAUCUCGGCAACUCAGAGUCCACUUCAGUACUGGGCAGCGAAAAACAAGUCUAAAGACUUGGCCAUGGUUGCACACAAAUACCUCAGUGUGAUCUCCACUGCUGUUCCGAUAGAGCAGAUGAUGCAGGAGGACAAAUCACAGAUCAUUUUCAACAGAAGGAAAUGCUUGGAGAUUAAAGAUAUCAACAUGAUGCUGUUUCUGCAUGGCAAUCACCAAAACAUAUGAACUGUGGUGGUGUGAGAGAACCUGUUCUCUUAGAUAAAGUUCUGAAAACUACAGACUUUCCUGAACUAUCUGAAUCAUUUAUCACUUGAGGUAAAAGUCAUUCACGGCAUUUAAACAUGAGCUGCAUUGUAGUCUCACGCGGCGUCUUCACUCGACUGAUGUCUGUUCGUGUAACAUGGAGAAAUCGUCUGUUCUAUUGGCUAAAUUUCUUGUUAUUAAUGUCUACAGAGUGUCAUGAUGUGAUCAUGCAGGAGCAAAGUGGACAUUUUGACAUCUAGUAAUCUAAUUACAAGCUGAAUUAAUGAGGCUUAUUUCAAAUUCAUGAUAGCAUGGCGAGCACAUCCCCUGGACAGGACAACCAUUGCAAAUGCAUGCAUGCACACACACACACACACACACACACACAAAAAAAAAAAAAAAUUGAAGCAAUUUCAAGUCACUAAACCACCGACCAGCAUGUUUCUUGGGAUUUUGAGGGCCUGUGAGAGGAAACUGGUGAACCCAGAGGAGUCCCACAUGAACAGGAGGAGAACAUGUGAAAUCACCAUGUCAUUCUUAAUGUAAAUAAUUAGAGGUAAAUUCUCAUUUUUUUUAAUGAAAAGAUUGUAUAGAGAGAUACAAAUGUAACUGUAUAAGGAAUAAUGUAUUUUCAUGUUAAAAUGGGCACAGUGGUGUAGUGGUUAGCGCUGUCACAUCACAGCAAGAAGGUCCGGGUUUGAGCCCCGGGGCCGGCGAGGGCCUUUCUGUGCGGAGUUUGCAUGUUCUCCCCGUGUCCGCGUGGGUUUCCUCCGGGUGCUCCGGUUUCCCCUACAGUCCAAAGACAUGCAGGUUAGGUUAACUGGUGACUCUAAAUUGAGCGUAGGUGUGAGUGUGAGUGUGAAUGGUUGUCUGUGUCUAUGUGUCAGCCCUGUGAUGACCUGGCGACUUGUCCAGGGUGUACCCCGCCUUUCACCCGUAGUCAGCUGGGAUAGGCUCCAGCUCGCCUGCGACCUUGUACAGGAUAAGCGGUUAUAGAUAAUGGAUGGAUGGAUGUUAAAAUGGUUUAACAUAUUUAUUCUAUCCACAUUCACUGGAUAUGAGCCAUCGUGCACUCUGAUUGGCAACUCUACUACUAGGAUAUCAGCUCAUAUACCGUGAGUAGAGAAAAAUAAAAUGGCAGAGCGUGUUGCUGAACCAACCGAGGACGAAAUAAAAACUCUACUUGAAAACAAAACCCCAAAAAUUAUCAAGUAUUUAAAAGAAACAGAAAUGGCUAAAACAACAAAGUUUUUUUUUUUUCCUCCCCAAUAUCUCCUGUUCCACACUCCAGCCCAGUUGGAGGCAGUAAUGCACCUUUAAGUUGGUUUGCUAACUGCCAAAAAAAACCUAAAGAAGAAGAAAAAGAGCAACCCCCCCCCCAAAAAAAAAUACAAAAAAAGCAACAAAAAAUUCAAUGAAAGUAUUUGAUGGUAAGAACAUAUCUCUUUUUUUUAAUGUUCAAGGAUUAUUAUUAUUAUUAUUAUUAUUAUCAUCACAUUUUUCACAAAUUGCUCCUGUCAUUUCGCCGGCUUGUUUGCAUUCUAAGCAGAAAUGAUUUUGCCGGAUGUUUUGUAUAGUUUUUAUUUAUCAAAUUUGAAAAAAAAAAUGCUCUGUUUCUCAAAAUUCAGUGAAUGUGGAUAGAAUAAAACAGUGAUUCCACUCAAUCUCAUCGUACAUGGCUCGGUGCUAUGCGCCUCGUCAGCUAUCAGCUCAUGUACGACCCGAUUUCGUGGAAUAACUGCUAAAUGUCAGAACAGUGAAACAUGUCUGAUCAUGUGACACAAAUCAAAUACACUAUAUGACUGACCAUCGCACCCUUAUGUGCUCGUUGAAAGCCCUGUACCCCGAACUCGGCAACAGUUUGCCGAAGGUCCACAUACCAGUGUGAUGGUCAGGUGUCCACAUACAUUUGGACGCACUGUAUAGUGUAUGUUUAACCUAAUUUUCUGUCUGUAAAUCCAAGUUAUUCAACUCUCACUAUUUUACUUUACUAUUAAAUGACCUGUUAAUUUGUUCUAGUUUACUUCAGAUGAUAAUUCCUUCAAGAGAGCUGCAGUUGUAAUUAAAAAUGUGUCCUGAUCAUAAUUUUUGUACAUUUUGAAAUCAUGUGCAGUUCUAAAUCUGAUUUUAAUAUACGUACAAAUCAGUCACACGAGAAAAUGGAUGGAAUAAAAUGUAAAAUAUUCUGGAGUUUUAACUCAGAUGGAUGUCAAAUUAAAGGAAAAUGCAGUUGAACAUACUGUACAGAUUCACUGCUCAUCGAUUAGUUUGUGAAAUUCUGACUUUUUUGUUUUGGAUGUUUGCUUUAACUUAACAUUAUUAAAGACUGUUUGUUUAUUUUUAUGAAAAUAAUUGUACAAAUUAAAU